CAUUAAUAAAUUCCACGUGCUUUCCUGCUUGGAGUGCAAGGCAGUGAUUAUUCUUCUCAUGGUUUGAAAAUACUUUUUCAGUCAUGAAAAAGAUGAAUGGAAGUGACUGGUUUGAUGCUUGUGGAACUUGGAAGGUGCCAGGUACUUAUUUUCAAAAUGGUAACAAUAGAUUUACAGUUUAGUCUGAAACACAUUUUACUGCUGGUGAAAGAAGAACAGACCACAGCUCAGGUGUUCAUCUCCAGUUGGACAUAGGAGUUUGGACAUUGGAAAUAACCACUUCUGAUUGUGGAGACCCUACCAGAGGUGGAUGAACAUGGAUCUUAACUCACGAAAAUGCCUGUUAAUGUUGAUGAUGUGAUCGUCCUGUUCUGCUGCCUCUCAAAGGUGAAGGGGAUGAAAGCUGCUGUCAGCCACUCUGGCAGUGGAUUGCUGAUGGCAGGUACAUCAGCAUUGAUUGGAGGGCUGUUGGGAGGUCCACCUGGAUUUGUUGUAGGAGGAGCAUUUGGUGGAAUUCUUGGUGCCUUAAGGCCUUCAGGCCAGUUCAAGCCAGUCCCUCAGAUUCUGUUGAAAUUGCCUCCAUCUCAGCAGCGGAAACUCUAUGGUGAAGCCAUGGUUAUUCUCAGACGCUUCAACUUGGUGUAUGCUGUUGAUUUGAUUUCUUUUGUAAUGGGAAAUUUUAGUCUUCAGGAGGAACUGACAGCAGUGCUUAUAAAAUUCUUAUCCAGAGAGCUAAGAGCAAAGAUACAGUAUGGAGAAUAACCCUUUCCAGAGCAGGCUUUUUACAGUGUAAUGAAGUUCAGUCUGACAGCUGCACAUAGCAAUUACUAGUUUUCAGUAUUAUGAAUCUAGCCAGCUCUAAGUAGUAUUUUGACUUUUGGUAUUUGUUUUAUUUUGCUUCUUUGGUUGGUUUGUUCUGUUUUUGAGAUGUUUGGGUUAUUUUUCGGUACGAAUAAUAUAUAUUACUGCAUUGUCCUGAGAGUAACUUGCUAUGUGAUUUUGAACUACUCUGCACUAGAAGUGAGUUCAAAGUCACUGAUGUGCCUUAUUUUUUUUUUAUAUAAUCAUGUUUUAUUUAGGAGAUUUAGUUGUGUUUGUAUAAGUGCUGUAAGUUUUCAUCUCUGAAUGACAUGCAGAUGCUAAAGUAGCUAGGGCACUUGGAAGAAUUUUACUUACUCUCUGUUACGGUCAUACAAAAGCAUGUUAUAAGAAAUAAUGUUAUUCUACUGUGAACUCAAAUAUCUCAAUCCUGACUUUAUUCUUUGUCACAUUUAUUAUAAUAUUCAAGGUUUCAUUCCAUUCUGUCAGAAGUGAAACCAAUGCCUAAACAGGAUGUAAAGCACCAGGUAAACGAACUGUUUGUUUUGUAACUAAAUGACCACAGUUGGAUUGCCAAGGCAAUAAAGAGUAAUUGCUUGUUUA